UCGUUUCCACAGAGCACAGAGGCAUUUCAGCUGUGAGGCCCCACUCCCUUCAGCUGGCUGGCAUCCCGCGACACAGGCAGCUCAUUGAAACAUGGCGGACGCAGGUGUGAAGAAGGUGGAGGUUCUGUCCUACGAUGACAAUGAUGAGGUCGCGUUGGUCUCUGCUGCUACUGACCCCGCAGUCGAUGACCACCCGGGACAAAACUCCAAAGAUUCAACUCUGCAGCGCCUGGAUGGGGGCAAGAGUGAAGCCCAAAUGAACGGCCAGAUGGUCCUGUCUCUGCUGGACAAGAUCAUCGGCGUGGUGGAUCAAAUUCAACAAACCCAGAACGGAUUGGAGGCGCGACAGGAGGCGAUGGAGAAAUCCGUGUCCAGCAUACAAGGGGAGCUGUCCAAAUUGUCCAAAAACCAGCAGGGCACCGCGGGGACAGUCAACAAAAUGCUGGACAAGGUUCGAAAGGUGAGCGUCAACGUGAAGACGGUGAGGAACAACCUGGAGAAGCAGGCAGGGCAGAUCAAGAAGCUCGAAAACAACGAGAACGAGCUGCUCAAGAGGCGCAACUUCAAAGUGCUCAUCUACCAGGACCCGAUGAAGACCCCCAAACCCACCAAAGCCAAGACCGGAGAGGCAGUGGAGGGACUGGAGCAGAUCCCAGAGGAAGCAGGAGAGGAGGGGGUCCAGGCCCAUGUCAACUCAGACGAGGAAGAGGAGGGUGAAAAACUGAUCGAAGAAUCCCGCACCAAGAAGCUGCAGCGCUCCACCAAACAACAAGUGGAAAACUUCAAGGGCCAACUGGAGAAGACCAAAAUCAAGACAAAGGAAAACCUGGAAAAGACACGACAAAAAACCCGCGACAAUUUGGAAAAAACAAAACAAACUUUGGAGAAAAAAAUCAACAAAAUCGGGACACGCAUGACCCCCAACAUGGAGCGCCGGGCCAAAAUGAAGAGCUCCAAAGACAAGCUGAAGAAGUCCCUCACCCCAGACCAUCCCAUCAAGGCUCGGUCCAAAACCUCAGUGUACCGCGUGCCCCCCUUCACCUUCCACGUCAAGAAGAUCCGAGAGGGCCAGGUGGAGGAGGAGGAAGAGGUGGAGGAGAAGCAGACAGAGAUGGUAGAGGUUCUGGAGAAAGAUUUCCCGUCUGCAGCAGAGGAGAACGGCUUUGGGCCUGAGGCGGGGGCGGAGGAGGAGCUGGUGCACCUGGACACUCCUGAGCUGGUGGAGGCGCUGUUGGAGGUGACGGAGGUGGUCACCGUGGAGCCGGGACACCACAAGAAUAAGUGAACUUCACAUGAGAAAGAAGCUUGAGUCACAUGGACAUGUUUCUAAGACAUUCUAGAUGUGGUCACGAUCUUUGAAUGACGACUUUUUCAUUUGUAUUUGUAAACUUUAACUUUGCUUCUGAGUUGAAUGUUAGGCACUGCUGAGCGCUUGGCUGAGGUGUUUUGGUUUGGCUGUUAGAAGCAAAGAGGUAAUAACCUGCUUGAGAUAUAUGAGCGAUUUAUAGGUGUCCCAAAGCUUUUUGACUAAAUAGGUAGAUCGUAGUGAGUGAGCACGAGGUGCAUAUACUUUUGAUGAUUCAUUGUUGAACCAACAGGGUUUUUUAGACAUUUUUAAAGCAUCUUAUUUUGAAUAAGACAUUUAUGUGGAAAGUCAAGACCCAGAGCUCCGUGGACCUGGGCCGACACAGGGCCGACACCGGGCCGACACCGGGCCGACUCAGAGUGAUGAAGAGUGAGAGGGAGUGAAACACAUGGACAAAGAUGUUUUUGUCAAAAAGACUUUAUACAUGUGGGAAUGAUUGACAUCUUUUUCAUGUACUGUAUUUGUAUACUACAGCUUUGCUUCACAGUUGAAUGCUUCAUCUGCAGCGCUAAAUGCUUGGCUGAAGUGCACAGGUUUGACUAAUGCUAAAGGUGACAUGUUAAUGAGAUGUUAAUGAACGAUCUACUUUAUGUUCUUCAUAGAGAUGUCCCGAAACCACAUUUGAACUGUGACUAGCACUUAAUACUAGUCCACUUGGUACAGUACACUACAGAACCAGUAUGACUUUUAAAAUCAGUGAUCUUAUUUUGAAGGACACAUUUACGUGGACAGUCUUGAGGGGGAGGAGGUCCAGGACUGAGGUGGUCAGGGUGGAGCUGCUCCAUCACAAGAUGUGAGUGUUACAUGUGAUGGAGAACAGAGAGAUGCUGGUGUGAUAGUUUGGCACUAACAAUCAAUAAAUACAUAAAUAAAUCAUAAUUUACUCUUGAGGUGUUAUGUUUAAUAAUCAAGAAAGCUGGUUCUCAUUAAGUACGUCCCAGGAUAUGUUAUAAAAAAUAUUAGUACAAGUAUUUAAUAUUUAUCUUGCUAGCACAACAGCACUUAAAUGUGGUCCAUUAUAGGCAAAGAUGGGUGUAGAUAAGCCAGAAAUUGUAGUAAGAGUAUCAUUAACACAAAAUAAUAUUACUCAAGCAGUGAACAAAGUCGUGGUCCAAAAAAUUACUCAAAUAAGUAUUUGGGGAAAGUACUACCACUCAAGUAAGAGUACGAGUCUGGACAACUUUUAUUUUGUAGUUAUUUAAAUGGCAAGGACUAAAUAUAAAAAUGUAAAAUCUGAUAUUUAUAGACCACAAAAAUGAAAAACAAAACAAAAACAUAUCUGAAUUUUAGAAGGAGCGGUACAAGAAACACAAAUGUUUAAAUUAAGUAGACUCACAGUGGGAAGGGUAACUAUAACGUUUACUCAAGGACUUUCAUAUUUGUACAAAAAGUAUUUACAAGUUCACUUUAGUCACAUGGGGAAAAGUUUGAGUUGAGUCUUUGUUUGUAGGGCUUUAGUAUGAUUGUCGCUGUUUCUUGGCGAACAUCUUUGGACAGAUGGAAGUCACCAAAGUAUGACAUAAAGGGAUGGUAUAUCACUUAUCGGCAAUUUUGUACAACUGCACUGUAAAUAUAUCACUCAAGUAAAGGUGAUAUAUCUGAAAUCAUCUCUGCUACUAUAUUUGAUCAGGCACCUUAAUCUGAAGAAAACAUUUAUGCUUUAGAGUUAUUGCUUAAAAUUGGCUUGAGUGUUAUGUUUUUUUUGGUUUGAUAACUGCUGUCUGUGAAAUAAUAACAUUACAUAACUACAUAUAUACAGAGAUAAUGACUAUUUCAGACUAAUAUUUCAACAUAAUCUGAUGGUAUUACUGAAUAGUCUUGGUAGAGUGAAAUGCUCACAGUUUAUUCUAAAGAAAGAUGGAAAAAUGACAUUGAAUACAUAUAUUGGUACAUAUAUUUUUCUACUCUGUUUUAAAGUGUACCAGUGGGUGUGUUUGCUUUAUAUUUUUAGAUUAUAGAUAACAUCUUUUCACACAUUUUGUUCGCGGCUCACUUAGCAGCAGAAUGGUUAAACAAAGGCUAGGACCUCUGUGGGUGGAGUGCGCACGUCUCCCUUGUGUUGGAAACUAAGAAUUUGUUUGAAUGACUGUCAUUUGUAAGUGUCAGAAAGUCAUUUUCAAGCUUAUGUCCGUGCCCAAAUUAAAAUCAAUGAAACAA